AUGGGGAACCAACCCAGUGCUCCAAAAAUAACACCACAAGAUAAAGCCAUAUUUCAAUUAAAACAACAAAGAGAUAAAAUAAAACAAUAUCAAAAAAAAUUAAAUCAUAUCUCCAAUAAACAAACAGAAUUAGCUAAAAUUGCAAUUUCAAAAAAGCAAUAUGAUAAAGCCAAAAUAUAUUUAAGAUUUAAAAAAAAACAAGAAUCAAUGAUUUUAACAACUUUUCAACAAUUAGAUAAUUUAGAAAAUUUAAUUGGUACAAUAGAAUUUAAAUUAAUUGAAAAAGAUGUUAUAUAUGGAUUAGAACAAGGUAAUUUAAUUUUAAAAAAUUUAAAUAAAGAAUUAAAUGUUGAUAAAAUUGAUAAAAUUAUGGAUGAUUUAGCGGAUGAAAAAAUGAAAGAAGAAGAAAUAAGUAAUGUAUUGGGGUUAAAUUCUGGAUUAAAUAGAAAUGAUGAAAUUGAAAUUGAUAAUGAAUUUGAAAAAUUAAAUAAAGAAAUUAAUAGCACUUCGAAAGAAAGUGAUAUAAAAUUACCUGAAGUUCCAAAAGAUAAACUUAUGCCUGAUGUUCCAACUGGUAUUGAAACUCAAAAACAGGAAGAAGAACAAGAGAAAAGUAAGGAAAUCAAUCAAACUGAAUCUAUUGCUAUAUGA